AUGUCAUCGAUUAUUACAACCAGGACGUGGCAAUGCGCGCAGGCUCACCUUCAACGCUGUGGCGCGCGGCUCCCAGCACGUACAUUUGCGCCAAUAGCACUAGGCAUCCGACGGGCAUCCAUCAAAUACAUCCGUCCGGCUAAGGUGACGCGAAAUCGAUCUAAAUACGGGCUCAUCAAAUGCAAGGACUCGGCUGCAAUAUCGAUCAAUGACAGUGAUGGGCCUUCUGACAUCACAGAGUUCCAGAAGCUAGCCGAGGACGGGGAAGCUACAGUGCAGGACCUUCGAACGUUCCUCACAAAGACUAAGGCGCGACUAUCAUCACUACCACUUGCCAACCGGCACGAUCAAGCCGCACACGCAGGAGGCGAGAAGGCACUGCUAUGGCUCUGGGAGUAUCGCCUUGACGCUCGCAAAGAGGACCUCGACUACAGGGGCCUUUUUGAACCGCUAUGCUGGCUCUUGGCUGCGGAACACAAUGAGUCGUUCGUCAUCGAAUGGGUGAAGAAAUCAAGGCAGACGAUCGCUGAUCAAGGCGUCGUUGAGGGCAGCCGCGAUUGGGCCAGACACAAGGCAUGGUGUGGUAAUCUGCUAGGCUGGUUUAUCGAAGCGAAGCUGCAAUGGAGUCCUCAUGGCUCCGUUGACCCUGCACUGGAGGCCAUGAAACGCAUCGUUGACGCGUUGCAGGGAACUGUAGCUCUCAGGUUUAAGAUGCAGUCUGUCACGGCUAUAUCUUCCGCGCUGACCGACGACGACCGCCCACCCUGUAAUGCGGCAUUGUACGAAUGGUUCAUAGGACUCCGCAAAAUGACGGACCCUCGCGAGUACACCCGACACUUGGAUAGCCUAUUCCAUCCAGCAUCACCAGACCCUCUUCCCUACGCUCGGUGGGCAUCCGAUUACUACGAGCAUCCCAAAAAACCUAAGGAGGAGAUCAAGAAGCUGAAGGCACUGAGAAGUGUGGGCGCUUUCAUGCUCCGCGCCGCCUACAUAUCACGCCUUCUUGGUGAUGUUCCGACAGCUAGAAAGAUGGAAGAUCUUGUACAAGAGCACCAUCCUUUGGUCUGGGGGUAUCGACAGAGAAUUGCUCGUAAGGCAAAUCUGAAUCUUGGGGACUUACACGCGAAGGCGAAAGUCGAGACGAGUGCGCUGCCAGCUGUGGCUUGGCGCAAUAAGAGUGAUAUUGUGCCUCACAAUGAGCGAGACGGCUGA